AUGGCCACAGAAUCUCAAAAUGACGCUCAAUCAAAAUCUCAACCUGUAUUAGAACCUUAUUUUCCUAAAGCGACCGAAAUGCUUUUUUAUACCGGCAAUAUCACUCCAUUCUUCAAACUAUUAACUAAAACAAGCUCUUCUGUUACCGAACAAAUUAUGGAAUAUAUGUCGAUGAUGUUAGAAAAGAUGAAAACCAAAGCAAAAGCAGAUCAAUUCAAAGAAAAUAAUUAUGUCAAAUUAAUUUGUCCUCCUGAAGAUAAUCAAUCAAACGCAGCUAAUGGCACAACAACAACUCCACCGAACGAAACGGAAGAGUUAGAUCGCAGCGAUUUGAAAUUCUCAGUGAAGAUCUUUCUCCGUACACUGGAACCCGAAAUCUUAUCUCACACGAUCAACACAAUUUUUAGCGAAUUGAAAGAAAAUUAUUUGGAAAGUGUCAUGAUAGCAUUGCCUAAUUAUGGUUCGCUAUUAACAUUGAAGGAAUUCAUGCCAUUAUGGAAUGUUGUGGAAGAUUUUGUUAAUAAACAAAAGAUUUUAUCCGCCGGUGUUUGUGAUUUGAUGCUUCCACUCUUAUCGGAUAUAUACGAUACCGCACAAGUCAAGCCAUUUGCUGAUCAAAUCAACUUAGGCCUUUGUUGUUCAAUUCCGGAAGAAUUGAGUAAAUAUGUCAAAGAACACAAUAUUCAACUUUUAACCCAUAGCGAUCCGAUUGAUGUUCUAAAUGAUUCGGAUUUUCAGCAGAUUAUUCGUGAAUAUUGUCACGAAUAUGAUGCAUUGAAUUGGAAACCUUGUUCAAUCGUUCGUUAUAGUUCGGUUAUUGCUAAUCGAGGAAUUAUCAAAAGUAAAGGUUUUCUUGUUAUCACAUUUGCUGACUAUGAUCGACUUGGACGAUACCGGGAAACCGAUGAGACACAAGCAAUGAAAAACAUAUACUACAUAAUUCUGUCUAUAUGGGGAUUACAUCAUCCAGCUAGUCAAAUCCUUUCGAUGACAGACUCAUCAUACCAAUAA